UAUUGCUUUGCUCUGAGUGGACAACCUGGCACACGCAUUCAUGCAAUACGUGGUUUUUUUUGCGAUGCAAUAGUUAUUCAAACCACACUGGACGUAAUGGCUGAUGAUGUAAUCGCUGCAUUGGGGAAUAAAUCACCCGGUGUUCGGUCCGAGACUGCAUUGUUUCUCAGCCGAGUUUUCGCUCGGUGCAACCAGGCCACAUUGACAAAGAAACUCUUGAAAACGUUUACCACCGCCUUGUGCACAACAUCUGUGGACACGGUCGUGGACGUUCGAGAGCACAGUUUCGCCGCACUUGGGACGGCUAUGCGCGUGGUUGGGGCCAAAAAUAUCGAACCAUUUCUGGCGGACCUGGAACCUCUACGAAUGAAUAAGAUCAAAGAAUACAGUGAACAGGUUUCUGCCGAAAAGUCUGAAGGAGCUUCAGGUGAUGUUCUGACAAUUUCCCGUUUCUCUAAACCCGACAGCAGUGACGUUCUUGUUGUCAUAUCUUAUCAGACCAAAAUGCUUGAAAUAGUGUGUAUGCAUAGUUGGAUUGUGUACUCUGUGGUUGCUCAUGGAGGUUCACUGCCCGCCGCCCUCCCCCGAAAUAGGCCCAAUUCCUAUCUUUUU